AAGCGCGCCAAACUUCGAGCCUCGCGGACCCGAACAGAAUGGCUCGUUAAGAAACCGCAGUUUCGCUCACUAGACAUGGACAAUAACAAACGUGGGGGCAGUUGUGAAAAAUAAAAGUGUGUUAAUAGCUACAUCUAAUGAAUGUGUGUGCAAUAAAAUAUGCAAGUGAUAAGCAUGAAGCAGGAUGUGACACUUCUAAAUGCAGUGUCGAAUAUCAUAAAAGUUUUUAUUGACAUUUAUUGUUAAAGAAAUAUUUUGUCGCCAAUUCAUACUGUUUUAUAUUUAUUGAGUAGCCUACCAAUUAGCAAAUCAUGUAAACCUUCUAUGUCAAUAAGUGUUGGAUAAACAUCCUUAAAAAUAUGCCAUCGAAGGAACGAAAACAAAUGUACUUUUUUGUACAUCUGGAUUAUGGCACUGUUAUGGGCUUCUCUAACUGAAAUAAUAAAGUUCACUCCAUCAAUUUUGUAAAGCAGCGCUUUAACAGUUGUUUCAAUGAGGAUGGUUAAAAUGUCUCAUUUCAAAAUAAAAUUCGUAAGGUUUUUCGUGACUGCUUAGGAAUGAACAAUCCUUCCUGUUUGUUGUAAGGAUUGGUGCCCACUGUAUUAGAACCAAGUGAGAGGAAAAGAGAUUCAUUGCCAACAACGUGGCAAGCGUCAAGAGAAAAAGAAGACUGGUGAUAGGUUAAGGUUUUAACUGUGUCGUUGAAGAAGGGUCGGCAAAUUGAAGACAAGCCCACGUGCCUGGACAUCCACCUAGGAGCACUAAGACUACGCGCUGGGUACCUGGUGAAACACUUUCGCCGUUCGUGGUUGGUGUGAAAGCAGACUGUCCAGCUCGGCUAGACAAGGGGGUGGAGACGGUGCAGUUAAUGCUCCAGGGUAGCCGCCCCCUAUCUACCGCCACCAUUCUGCCGGCACAGGGGCAUCACCAGCUGGGCUCGGCCACGGCGCCAUGGCCCCCCACGGCCCACCAUUCCAUGGGCCUCUCCUCGGACGACAUUCCCCACAAAGGGCACAGCGGUGUGAACCAGCUAGGGGGGGUAUUCGUCAGCGGCCGACCCCUGCCGGAUUCUACGCGACAGAAAAUAGUCGAACUGGCGCAUUCAGGAGCGCGGCCCUGCGACAUUUCUCGCAUCCUGCAAGUGUCCAAUGGCUGUGUUUCCAAAAUUUUAGGCAGGUACUACGAGACAGGUUCCAUUCGACCGAGAGCCAUUGGCGGAUCGAAACCCCGGGUUGCCACGGCAGAAGUGGUGAACAAGAUCUCGCAAUACAAGAGAGAGUGCCCGUCCAUCUUCGCUUGGGAGAUACGAGACCGGCUGCUGCAGGAGGGCGUUUGUACUGCCGACAAUAUUCCAAGUGUGUCUUCUAUCAAUCGAGUACUACGAAACCUGGCGUCCCAGAAGGAGCAACAGACGCAGUCGCCUCCAAUCCCGUCGCCGGCAGAGUCGGUGUACGACAAGCUGAGGAUCCUGAACGGGCAAGCGGGCUGGCCCCGACCCAACCCCUGGUAUCCGACGACAGGAGGCUCUCCGUUCUCGACGGCGGCGCUUCAGCCGGCAGCGAGCGUCAGUCCUGGAGGUGGGCAUCACGUCGUCGCGGGGUGUACAAUUGUUCCAGAUCCAGACAACGAAUCGGAUCUGACAACAGCCAAGAAAGUGGUUGACCUGGACGGGGCACCUUCGGACGAGACAAAUUCGGGGGACAACUCGAAUGCAGGGUCCAGUGCUGGAGGACCCGACGAGGACCAAGCACGACUACGCCUCAAGAGGAAGUUACAGAGGAACAGAACUUCCUUCACAAAUGAGCAAAUUGACAGUUUAGAGAAAGAAUUCGAGAGGACGCACUAUCCAGAUGUGUUCGCUAGAGAGAGGCUGGCUGCAAAGAUUGGCCUUCCCGAAGCUAGGAUACAAGUUUGGUUCUCAAAUCGGAGAGCAAAAUGGCGGCGAGAAGAGAAGAUGAGGAACCAGAGACGCGUAGCGGAGCAACCAAGUACUUCGCCUCCAAGACUGCUAAAUGGAAGCAGCUUCUCCAACAGUCAUAUGUACUCCUCUAUCCCUCCACCCAUGAGCAUGGCAGAUUCUUACAGCACUAUGACGACAAUGCCAAGUUUCAGCAUGUCGGCAACUCACCACCCGGGGACGGGGGUGGCUGGAGGCAGUGUGGGUAUGGGGAACAGCAUGGGCCCGAGUCCAACGGCAUGCAGCCUCCAGCAGAGAGAUCCCGUGACGGCAGGCGGCUAUUCGUGUAUGACGCGGCCCCCAACGUAUGACCCCCUGACCCUAGGAGCCUACGGGAGCAGACCAUCCCCUUGCAGCCCCACACAGCCUUACCAGACUAUGAACGGGCACCAGUAUUCUACCAAUGGCACAUCAUCUACAGGUCUGAUCUCUCCAGGAGUAUCAGUUCCGAUUGCUGUACCUGGACAACCACCGGAUAUGACGUCACAAUAUUGGCCACGCCUUCAGUGACAAUGGUGGAACUGAGCAGACAUCUUCACUGGCGAUCCUUCUGAAGAACUGUCUCACUAAUCAUUGAGUCUGUGAAGUGAAAGCACUUCAUGGUUUCAGAACGAAGUUGAAGAAUCCUCGAUCAGGUUGGAUUUGCCAAGAAGACUACCAGUUCGUGUUAAAGCUGCCACCUAGAACUGGUUUUAAUCCCCACGACUGAUGGACUUUUGAAUGUGUCUUUGCAGAAAUGGACAAAGUUUCAUUAUACUAGAAUUGGUGAUUAUUUACAAAUUUCGCACCUAAAGCUGAUGAAGGAAGUGGAUGAAACUUCAUAGAUUAUAACAGAGACAGAACACUUGAGAUAAAUGUUUCAAGUUAAAAGACAUCAGGCAAAAACGAAUCACUGGUGAAACCUCUGUUUUCAUGGCGGUAUUGCUUGUUGACAGGUGACAAUUUCUUCAAAAACGUUAAGUCAGACCUUGAGGAAGACAGUGAGAUACGCUUCGAUAAUAAUAGAAAGUAUGACUGUAUAUAAUAGACUAGCCGAUCUAUCCUUUUGUGGCACAUAUUAUGGGGGGGGGCUGACUUUCCAAUCACAUACCCACAAUCUUCAAUUAAAUUCCACAACAUAAAAAACAAUAAUUUUCCUUCCUGACCUGGCCUCAAAGUUAUAAAUUUUUCUUGGCUUUUGUAUGGAAACUUUUUGGGCAUAUCUCUACGAUUAUUUUAUAUUCUAGGAUAUAACUUGGACGACCGGAAUUCGAGUCCCGAUAUGGAGAAGGAUUUUUUUUCUGAUCGUCAAUGCGUCCAUGCUGUGUCUGUGGUAAAUCCAUUUCCUGUCCCAUGUGUAACCGUGUGUUCGCCCCGGAGAAAAUGCGGUCAGAGUGACGCUAAACACUCACCUACACACAGGUUCAAGGUCUGGCGUUCUUGUGGCCGCAUAACGUUAAACCAGAGCCCGACUAAACGUAAAUGUUCUCCUCAGAAGAACAGACUGUUGCACCUGCUCUGUUGGUUCGCUCGCGGAUUUCCUCUUUCCUUCUACGCUGAAGAUGGAGGCGA